UAGAGAAGCAUUCUGUCAAAUUGUUAACUCAUUUGUACUUUUUUUUACCAGAGCAAUUAAUUUAUUAUAAACGGGUAGAGAACGGGCAAAAAUGGGCAAGCCUACAUUAUUGCGAUACACCUCAGAAACAAUGUUAAUGACUUAACUCUUUAUGCAAAACGUGUUUUAGGGUAACGAAAGUUCCCUGCCCAUGGAGCUUUGCUCCAACUUCGAUGCUGAUGAGAUACGAAGGCUGGGGAAAAGAUUUCGAAAAUUGGACCUCGACAAUUCUGGAGCGCUCAGCAUUGACGAGUUCAUGUCUCUACCUGAACUGCAACAGAAUCCUUUAGUACAAAGGGUUAUCGAUAUAUUUGAUGCCGAUGGCAAUGGGGAAGUUGAUUUCAAAGAGUUUAUCCAAGGUGUUUCUCAAUUUAGUGUGAAAGGGGACAAGUUGUCCAAACUGAGGUUUGCUUUUCGAAUUUAUGAUAUGGAUAACGAUGGAUACAUCUCUAAUGGGGAAUUAUUUCAGGUCCUAAAAAUGAUGGUCGGUAACAAUCUGAAGGAUACCCAGCUACAGCAAAUCGUCGACAAGACCAUAUUGUUCGCCGACAAAGACGAAGAUGGCAAAAUAUCCUUCGAGGAGUUUUGCAACGUCGUCGGCAACACGGACAUCCACAAGAAGAUGGUCGUCGACGUUUAGACCAAAAAAAAAAGGACGUAGUACGUUUAAAGUCAAACCAUUAACAAGCAAGAAACGUGUUAUUCUAGUUUAAAAACAUAUGUAAAAGAGUCGAUGUAUAAUUAGCCUCCUCCUCCCCCUCAGUCACAGCUUCUUCACUCCACACAGUUACGUCACCUAUAUAGUUCUUGGAACUUGAGGGGGGUAGCUGUAAGUACAUUACAAAGAAUCUAUCCUCUUUUGGCACUGUAAAAAAAUAGCUCUUUGCAUGAACCGCUUGUCGCUAGUUAGAAAAUAAAAUUGUACAGGGUGACCCCUUUUGCGACGGUAUCAUCGUACGGGUUACGUUAAGAAUAGUUAAAGAUGCGGGGCCGGUCGAGCUAGAUAUAAAAGGGCAACGCGAUUAAAUUGUCACUGGCGGACUAGAAAAUAUUUUAAAUCGACCGGAUUCUUGGAUUUCAGUAAGCUUGGACCAGUAUUUCGAAUUUCAGGAAAACUAAAGUUUUAGUUUUUCGAUUCCCUUCUCAAAAACUAAGCUAAUCUUACAAUCGGCACUUUGUGUUUGUCGUUUUUUGAGAAAAAAAAAAGAUUGAAAAUCGGAAUUUUCCCAAUUUUCGGUCAAGUGUUUGAUAAAUUUGGUUAGAAAAAUGGUGAUAUUUAAUUUGGUGUGUGAUACAUUUGCAUUAGACAGUAUUUAUUAAUUUUAUAAGAAGGCACCCUACAUGACGAACUUAUCCUUCAAUUUAUUUAAAUUCAUGAAGUACUAAUUAUAAUGUGAGGUUAGUUUUUUUUUAUCAAGAAUCUAACAAUUCUCAAAAAUGGGGUUCCUUCCGUUUAAAAUUUCAACUUCUGUAGUACAGUGGUUCAAAAUACGCUGCAUUAGUGUGACGUACGGUUGUUUCCGUUUGUGAGCAGUUUUUAAUUAUCGGACACUAACAAAAUCCCUGAUCUUUAACGCGAUUAUCGCAUCGGUAGUAUUAAAACCGCAAAGGAAACGAUGAGUUGAGUUUGACACGUCCGUCAAGUUUUCAGCAAAUUUAAGGGAAAGUUCAGGCUUUGACUUGUUGUUUCAUUUACAAAACUAUCAGUCCCUUAAUAAUAAUUUAAAAAACGCACAAAAACUGAAGCAGCCGUAGAAACUUGCACGGAAAAACCUGUCCGCUGACAAUUAUCAACCAAAAUGGCGGACGCUACGUCACUGAUAUGUCGAAGUUUUGAUGUUCAAUUGCCUAGAAUCGUUACAAUUCGCCAGCAUCAGUAAACAUCUAUUUAGCACGAAUUUAACGUUGAAAUUAAGAAAACAAAGGUAACGGUGCGUGCCCACUCGUCAAGUUGUUUUUUUUUCGUAGUAAAAAUUUUCGUUUUUGAUUUUGAGGUUAUAAAUUCAAAGGGUCGCGUUUCCAACGCGAUCCGGAUUCACUGAAUUCGCCGUUAUUACGGUUUGUAUUAGUUAGAAAAUGUUCGGGAAAGUAAAAUAUUAUGCGAUAUGCAAAAGAGAUGGCGGAUCUAGCUCUCUACGAGUUUAGUCAUUUCGAAAUAUUUUUUGGCCCGCCAUGGGAUAAUUUAACGUCGCCGUCUUGUGUCCGAUUGAAUCGACGCCGUCCCGGCACGAUGUCGUCGAAGAAGCAGGCCGCCCGGUAUAUAUUUUACAAAAAAAACGGUUGUCCUUUAUACUUCUAAAUGUCGUGUGUGUCACUUUAAGCGAUCUUAAUCGCGACGCUUCGCGCGGUUUUUCGGUUAGGAAGGUUUUCGGGGGCGUCGGACACGUAGACCUCGCGACAAGUCGCCGGGGAGGGUGAGCCUCGACGGCUUGAGUCGACCCGUCUACACGGUGGAAUCGGUCGACUGUUUUCCGCGGUACGAUCGAAAACGUGCCGGAACCGAAACACACGAUGGAUACGUGCAACGGCAGCGGCGGAAAAACGACCCGAGUCGAAUAAAAUUAGUUGCAACGCUCCAUUCCGGUCGUCGUUUCCGCGUGCGGAUCCGGCACGUGGUCACUGAUACCGCGCGAUCUGCUCCCGUCCGAUGUUCCUUAAUUUUAUCGGAGUAGCGCGCGCGUAAUCGCACGGUAGUUUUACAUGGGUUGAAUAUACGUGUAAUAAUAUCGCUUGUAGUUGGAAAGUUAUUUAUUCCAGUUGUUAAUUGAUUAAUUAUAUAAAAAAAAAUGAUGCGUGAUUGUAGGAAAAAUUGUUUAUGUUCAAUAAAAGUUAUUUACCUCUCUCA